CUGCCCGUGUCCACUUUCUUGCUUCUUCUUCUUCUUCUUCUUCGUUGCUCUGUCUUGGUCUUUCUUUCAGCCCAAUCCUCGAAGCGUUCAGGUCGCGCAACGAUCACUGCCCAAUCCAAUCAUCGUUCUGGUGAUUUGUGCAUGCAAUUGAUCAGUAAAAUCUCAUAUUGGUUUCAAACCUGAACAUUGCCAUUGUCUGACUUCUUUCAGCUGGUUCACACCAUGGCCAGCGGUCAGCGCCCGCUCUCUGAGAUUAGUCCCGUCGCACCGCGGCGAAACUCUCCUGGAACCAAGGGAUUCGCGAGCGGGGACUCAUCACCAUUUGACUCUUCUCCCAUGAACACGUCCACUUCUCCGCGACUGUUCUGGCAGGGUCGGGAUCCCGCAUCCCCAUAUCGCGUCAAUUUUGAAAACAGAAGCCCAUAUGAUGGGUCGUCUCCAGCGUCGUCGGCCAAAAGGUCGUCAAUUGAAAAUCUGAAAAAAGCUUCACGCGUGAAAAACAGUAGCAUGUUCGCUCGCGAGCAGAAGGGGGAGUAUGAUCCCGCUCAUGUUAAAGUACUCGAGCGUCCUUUGGCCAGUGGGCGGCCCUUGAGCCAGCAGCGUAACCACAACAUUGCCACCAAUACCGCUCCAACCGAUGCAAGGCGCCAACUGCCUUCUCAGAGCGCUGCAUGCAAGACCACCACCCUCACCACCACUACUCACGAGGCGGAGACGAACGCUUCCCAAGAAGCUGCAACUCCGCGCCCAGCGCAGCAAAGUAAUAACCCGUCUACAAGCCAAGGGUCACCUUCAAGGCCACAGCCUCCGUCUCCUCCAAAAUCUUCUCUGAAUAAAAAUGGACGCUAUAGCGGCAGGUCGUUUGAUCCUCACAGCGAAAUAUGGUCUGACGAUGAAUCAACCGCCAUUGACAAGUCGUUUGGAGAGGGCCGUAGCUUUCAUCGUCAGACCAAGAGUGUCACCUUCGACGCGGCGCCUCCCCAGAUUAAUGAAUAUGAGAUGACUACUCCCGUUCCUUCGUCAAUCGCAUCGAGUUCACGCGAAGGGAGCUAUGAAUCAACAGAGAACGAGGAAAGUUUCGAUGCUAGUUUUUCUCUCCACGACGAUAGCUUCGAUGCGAGUCUCGAAGAUACCGACAAGACUCCCGUGAUGCUGCCUGAUCAAUGGCGCUAUGACAGCCCGGAUGAUACUAACGACGAGAUGUCUCAAAAUGAGUAUGAUCCAUUCAGCCCAGACUUUGACACUCCAGACCCCGAGGCUCGUCCGCCGUCUUCUAGCGCUUCCAGUUCUUUCCGGUCUCAAAUUGAGUCUAUGGAUUCUAACGGAGAAUGUCGUCCACUUCCGCCUCUUCCUUUGGCCAAUCUACAAAGGAGCCCGGAUCACCAUAGACGGCUCACUGCGACGUUGGAAAGAGCGAGCAGUGUCUCUCGGCCAGCACCUCUCCGCCCAGCUUCCUGCAGCAAAGAUGACCUUAGCGGUCUGGGUACAGGCUCCCUGUCACUGGAAGAUAGGCUUCGUUUGAUGAUGACCCAGGAACACGACCAUCAAGCUUCCGAAGCCGAAACCCAGCGUGAGAGACGAAUGCGGCGUGCACUGAACAAGGACAAAACCCCCGAAAGAACCGAUGGAAAGCCGGAUGAUAGCAUCGUCAGCGAGCUUAGCAUGUCUUCCGAGCCAUGCCCAACUCCGCGAAUUUCCAGAGAAUCUAUCCUCCGCAAUCUGAAGAGAGAAGAGAAUUUCAGUGACGAUGUUAGCGGAAUCUCUUCAAUCGGCGAUUCCAGCCCACAUCGUCCACUCCCCCUGGAUCCUGAUGUGCCUAUUCCAUCUCUUGAAAGCGAUGAUGUGGUUGAAGAUCACGCUUCAGUCAAGGAGGAAGAACAGGACGAAAUUGAUCUUUACGAUAUUCCGGAAUAUGACCCGGAGCAAGACGGUGAUGAUAGCACACAUGAUGGGCAUGACCAGGGCACGCAUGGUGAUUAUGAUGAUGAGAGUCACUACUCGCGGACUUCAAAAGAGGACGAUUCGCGUAUCGAGCAAUUUGAAGACGCUGAACGGCAAUCCACUCCUGUUCCAAUGCAUAUUACACAGGAAACCCCUGCUGAUGACAGCCAACAGUGCUCACCAUCUAGGUCACAAACUCCUGACGAUGAACACCAGUUUGAGUUGGACCUGCUUUCUUACGUAGAUAGGUCCACUCCUCCGAUUGAAAACUCCGAUGAUGCCCCACCUCCUCUUGACAUGGCAGCUAUUCGCGACUCUCUUCACAGGCCGGAGACACCGGACCAAAACACUGAACAAUCAGCCGAAGAGAAUGACGGAGACAAAGAUUGUCCUGGCACCCCGGAAUCCGUCAUCAGGCACCGUGUUUCGGAAGAUGCGCCAGAAGAGCCUGCUGCAGUCAUUCCGGGUCCUCUUGCCACAGUUAAAGCACCUGGCGCUGGCCUUAAGACCAGACCUUCACUGACUCCAGCAGACGCGGAAUCUAUGGCAGCAGUUCGGCGAAAAGUGAGCGGACAGGGACCAAGAAUACCGUCGAUCUCGGAGAAUGCGACCGGCAAUCGACCCAGCACGGCAUCAGAACUGACGCUUGGUUCCGUAAAAUCUGACCUUCCGGCAUUUAAUGGCAUCCCAGGAGCCGGGAAACGACAGCCCUCGCUCGUGAAACUCGAUAUUCCUGUCGGCGAUAGCGAUGAAGGUUUGGGAUUCGGACUUGACGAAGAAUUUGAUCGUGUCAUUGAAGCUCAAAAGGUUGCGUUUGAACUCUCCCUCUCUCAGAUCCCUCUCUAUAAGGACUUCCAAAACUCCGGUCAACCCAUGCCGCGUGCAGGCGCUGCGGAAGGACAUGGCUCUUCCACCCUUGAGACACAAGUGGACAAUAAAGCUGACAGAAAAAUAACGAAACAGAGAGGUUAUCUCAUGAGACAAAACACGAAAGUGAUCGUUGCGACCAGCCAUGGCGAUGAAGCGAACGCCAAAUCCACAGCAGGUGCACCGCACGUAGGUAGUACACCACGAAAGGCAAGCCAGCAGACAUGGACAACAGAGCCCUGGAAUCCAAAGGCGCGGCGCCAGAGCAUUAAACUUGCGGGCGCCACUAAGAAGAAAACGGAAUCAGUUCCACCUUUGCCAGGUCAAGAGAGUGUUGUGAAAGAUGGAUUAGGCUCGGUUGAUGAAACCGAUGUCAACGGACAAGCAGACGAUAUGGAAGAUGGAAAAGACAGAGGUCGUCUUUUCGUGAAAGUCGUCGGGGUUAAAGAUCUAGAUCUUCCUCUUCCUAGAGGGGAACGAUCAUUUUUCUCAUUGACACUCGACAAUGGACUUCACUGUGUGACGACUUCGUGGCUCGAAUUGGGAAAAUCCGCGCCCAUUGGCCAAGAGUUCGAACUGGUCGUGAUGAAUGAGCUGGAGUUCCAGUUGACCCUUCAGAUCAAACCAGAACUACUUAAGCCCAAGCCAAAAGUUGUUCCACCUUCACCACCAAAAGCACAAAAGCCCCAGAAAACCUCCGCAUUCAGUCGCGUCUUUGCAACCCCCAAGAAGCGUAGGGAAAUGGAGCUGCGCCAGCAGAUGGAAGCCCAGCAGCUCAAGCAGAAGGCCGAAGAGGAGAUCCACUCCGCACCUGAUCCCUGGGCUAAGGUUCGAAACUUGGUUGCCAGCGAUGGUAGCUUUGCCCGCGCAUAUGUGUGUCUGGGCGAUUAUGAACAACAUGCUUUUGGGCGGCCAUUAACAGUGGACGUUGCAUGUUUCAAUGAAUGGGCCGUCGAUGAGGUCCCGGUUACCACCAGUAAUUCUAAAAGCAAACGAAAUACAAUGGCCCCAGGGGUCCAACGGCGGCCCCCAUACAUGGUUGGAAAUCUGGAACUUCAACUCCUAUAUGUGCCAAAACCUAAAGGCGCGACAGACGAUGACAUGCCAAAGAGCAUGAAUGCUUGUAUCCGUGAGAUGAGAGACGCUGAUAACUCGGCGAUGAGGAGUUGGGAGGGAUUCCUGUCGCAACAGGGCGGAGAUUGUCCGUACUGGCGUCGGCGCUACUUCAAACUCCAAGGCUCCAAGUUGACUGCGUAUCAUGAGACCACUCGGCAGCCACGGGCUACAAUCAACCUCGCAAAAGCGUCCAAAUUGAUUGACGAUCGCUCAAUCUUGACUCAAAGGGAGACCUCCGCUAAAGGUGGCGGGCGACGCAAGUCUGCCUUUGCCGAAGAGGAAGAAGGUUAUAUGUUUGUCGAGGAGGGAUUCCGCAUUCGCUUCGGGAAUGGUGAGGUUAUUGACUUCUAUGCCGAUAGUCGAGUUGAAAAGGAAGGUUGGAUGGGGGUCCUUGGAGAGACAGUCGGCAAAGGAUAUUCCGCAGGAAAUGGCCAAGUCAAGGCGUGGACGGAACUCGUGUUGCGACGAGAACGAAGCGUGAAGCCCAAGCAGCCCCAGCGGGAUAUGCCUUCAAGCGAGCGGCCGAUGAGUGCUCGCAAUCCAAUGCCCCCGGCUCCGCCAACUCCUGCCAAGGAUACCGCUCACCCGCACUCGUCGCGACCUCCCAUGGCACCUCCGCCGAAGCCUCGACAUAAGCAUCACCAAUCCCAGCCUAACAUUAGUUGGGAUGAUGCGAGAAGGCAGAAGGCCCGGUCGCUUAUUUUCUAAUCUUCCCGCGCAUUUGUUCCACGUAUCAAUUUCGUGACUCUUCGUCUUCUCUCGCUGUAUGAAACCUGGCCUUCUUUUUUCUUUCCAGUCAUAUCCAUGUUACCCUGGCUCUCUUUGUGAUUGUUUUUUCGAAUUUUGCUUUGCGCUGUGCGCCAUGCACCUAAUGACUUGACCCCGAUUACCCCGUACAUGUCUGUUCCUUUUUUUUUUUUUUCCUUUGCAUUCUUUUUCUUUUUUUCCCUAUGGUAUUCCCCUCUGUUCUGCGAAGUUGUUAGUUUUGACAAUUUGUUACUCGAAUCUUUCCGUCCCUUAGCCAAAGCAUGUUUUGUGCUCGCCAGCCUGGAUGAAAAUCGGACUUUCGAAUGUCGAGAUGAAUUUGAGACGAGAUUAAGAAGAUUAACUGACUGAACUUUGACUUAAGCUAGCAGUGUUUUUUAUGGUUCGGAUCUAAAUCUCACCCAACGCUCCCCGGAGCUUUUUUGUUUUUUUUGAAUUCCUCAUUAAUGCAGUGAACCUAUCAAUUGA